CCCACCCACAGACACCACUAAUCAUAGGUGCACAGUAUAUUUGGCCCGCAAAACUGUAUUCUGCUCUCGCUCGUUCUAGAAACACCCUUAAGUCGGCAUUACAAUUUACAAAUUUUCAAACACCGUAUUCCCGAAGCUGGGAGCUCACAUUUCUUCUGCGGCCCAGAAUCGCAUUUUCUGCUACCUUCCCAUCCAAACAAGUCCUUAGCAUCGAACCUUCCAGAAGAUGGUGGUCAUAGAACAGGAAGAGAGCGACCAUCGAAACGCGAACCCUUCCAACGCCGGCGCCGGCCACGACGCCUCCGACGGCUUCGAAACCGCCAGCGACACCGAUCUCGGCAGUGACGGCGACGGAGAAGAUGACGGAGCCGGCAGCCGCGAAGAACAGAAUCACGUCGAGAAGCAUCAGCAUCAGCAGCAGCAGACAGAGCAAGCGCCGGAACACGAUGUUCCUCAGAGCACUGAAUCAUCUGAGAAUGCCUUGAUCAAUGAAGAAGAAUCGAGACAGAAAGCAUUGGAUCAAGCAAAUGAAGCAAAGGUAGAAGGGAAUAAGCUUUUUGUAGAUGGGAAGUAUGAAGAGGCGUUAUUGCAGUAUGAACUUGCUUUACAAGUUGCACCAGACAUCCCUUCAUCUGUGGAAAUACGUUCUAUAUGUCAUUCAAACCGCGGUGUGUGCUUUCUGAAACUGGGAAAAUAUGAGAACACAAUUAAAGAAUGCACAAAAGCAUUAGAACUGAAUCCUGUAUACGGUAAAGCUUUGGUAAGAAGAGGUGAAGCUCAUGAAAAGCUUGAGCAUUUUGAAGAGGCCAUUGCUGAUAUGAAAAAGAUCUUAGAAAUUGAUCCCUCAAAUGAUCAAGCUAGGAAAACCAUUCGACGAUUAGAGCCCCUUGCUGCAGAAAAACGGGAAAAGAUGAAGGAGGAAAUGAUUGGAAAACUGAAAGAUAUGGGUAAUUCUGUCUUGGGCCGCUUUGGGAUGAGUGUAGACAACUUUAAAGCAGUCAAAGAUCCAAACACUGGUUCCUAUUCUAUCUCAUUCCAACGCUAAUUUAUGUAGAGCAAAGUCAUGGCAGCGUUAAGCAAGAAAGAGGCGGUCUAAAGUAAAACAGGUAAUGUUGGAAUCCCGAGUUAAUAAAGUAUCAGGGGAGUUGAGAUUGUUGGAUGGAUGUCAAGGUGUACUAAUCAUGGUGGAAAUACACUCGUGAAAGUUGAUUGGAAUUUGUAAACUUUUUUGGGUUGUACAUUGCUUCUUUUUCUUUUUUCAUUGGGUCAUUCUACACCAGUUGGAUGUCACUAAUGAAUAUGAUUCACGUUUUAGCAAUUUUAAUGUGGUCACGUGAUCCAUGGAGAUAUUGGCUGGUACUUACUAUACAUGAUAUGCGAUUGUCAUUUUGUCAA